AUGACAAGUCACUUUGCACUUUUCAAAGAAAGCGCUGAUAACUUGGCUGUCUCACUUCCACAAGAUACCCAAGCGACCGACCAAAAUGUACAGGAUCCUGUCGUGAGCGCCGUGACUAUCGAAAUCGAUGAAAUACGACGUGGUGCUCGAAUCCUUCGAUUGUUGUCCAAAGAUCUAUCCCUUUUCAAGCAAAACGCAGACAUCUGGCUAGAAAAGACAGGAGAGUGCGACUUCUGGUCUCGACCCCUUGUGGAGUUCACUUUUGAAUCCCUAGAAAAAAUACCAGGCCUGCAGUCAUGCUCUGUUGACGAUAACUCCUUGUUUGCUCUCUCGCGAGAAAUCUUCCAGCUGUCUUCAAGGCAAGUACAGCUGAAUCCAUCCCUCACAUUUACUCAAUUCAUGUCAUCCAUGUCCUACAGGUGGGAGAUAAUUGGAUUGGCCUUCGCGAGUGUCGGAAUGGGCGUUGCACUUCCUGGAGAUUCGGACUCAACAGUCCAGACCGACUACAGGCCAGCGAGAUCGAGGAAGGAGCUUGGAGAACUGGCCUUGUCAGCAACAGAAACAUGUCUAGCAUUCUGCAAUGAAGCUGGUGUAUUAAAUGACGUUGUCAGCUGGUUGAAUUCCAAACGGACCACGCUCACCACGUUGAUCUACGGCGACAAAGACUACCGUUCAUGGCGAGCGUUGGGUGAUCUUUCAACGAUAGUCUUCUCUCUGGGGUUUAACCAACCUUUGCCGGACCCUGACACCCCAUUUUGGCUGUCGGAAACACGAAAACGACUGAUGGGCCAUGCAUUCAGUACAGACAAGCAGCUCGCGACAUUCCUCGGAAGACCCCCACGCAUUAGCUGGCGGUUUUGUAAUAUCUCUUUACCGCUGGAUCUCGAAUUCAAAGACAUUAUUGCAGAGCCAGAGGUCCGAGAUUUGGCAAUCAGCAAAUUGGAUUCAGACGGCUGGAACAAGAUCGAGAAUAACAAACAGGCCGUUUGGUUGAGGGUAUCUCUUAUUAUGGGCCCUGUGCGAGAGAGUGUUCUAGAGCUAUCGCUCAACCAUCAAGUCGAAGACUUACCAGCAAGGGUCAAAGAGCUAUUACAGCAGUCCGAACUGACCUGGGCUAGCCUGCCAUCAUUCCUACAUCGAAGACAUGACCCUGAGGCUCCGUCAGCUGCAGAGCUCUUAACGUGUGAACACAGUGUUUAUCUCCAGUUGCACUUGGACUAUAUGUACAAUAAAUUUAUGCUUCAUCGAAUCCUCUCAAAACGGCUUGAUAUCUGGUCCCCCGAUCUUGUCAAGGUCUCGCAAGAGAUACUGGAAGACGUGCUCUUGCUGAUUGACACUCGGGUCCGCAGUAUGAAACUUACACCGGAGCUUUCUUGGGUGAUAUCUUUCUUCGGUCUUUCAUCAGCUGGUGUUCUAUCAAUAGAGCUUGUCCGUCGCGCUUCUCAUUUGAAUAUCGAUGAUUCUUCAGUCGCCGUGACAACGCCGUUCCCACGAUCUCGAGUCAUCCAGGCUCUGAGCAAUUUCGCAUCUUAUCUUCAAACGAUUGUUCAGCCUCACGAAGGAAACUAUGAUAUAUGCCAACAGGCCCGAGAGACGAUUGGGCACGUGCUUGACUUUGUCUUGACGGAUGUCCCUAAGCCGGAAGUUUCUACAGCAAAGCCACACUCUCCUACGAAUGCCGAAUUUCCGGAUGCCAUUGGAAUUCUGGACUACAACUACUAUAUAACACAUCUCGAUAAUUGGCAAUUCGAGUUGCAGGAUACGUUGCAGAUGUUUUAG